CUGUUUUAUGUGUGGAUGUGUGAGUUUCUCUCUCCUCACCUAUAUGGCUAUAUGGCCCUUUUCUCUCUUUCUCUCUGCUGAUUUCAUCUGUAAAAACCUUACCCUCUAAAAAAAUCUUCCCUUUUCCGAUCUGUAAAUUUCUCACUUGGGAAGUUUUAAAGUUAUAAACUCACCAUUUUCAUGUACCUCUUUUUCUGGGUUUUUCAGGAAAGAUGAUAUACUGGUUCCAAGGUUUUAGGAAAAAAUGCUGCGUACUAGACAGUUUUUUGAGUACAAGUAGAAGAGCGGUCUUGUAAUAGCAUUGUGCAUGUUUUGCUGAUUCACAGAUGGACCCAAGUCAGUAGGAUGGAGAAUGCUGAUACGGAAACAAACCAUAUUGUUGGUUGCUAACUACAUGAGUAUAGUCUUCUCACAGGAAAUCCAAGGGCACACUUUUGGUUCAGUUAGCAACUGCUGAUUAUGUUUUCACACUUGUGCAUUUUCAUGCCCUUGUCUAUUUGACAAUCAUAUGUAGCUAACAACUCCAGGGUUCUACACUGCUCACUCCUCGCAUUCUGUCUACCAAGCCAAUUGUACGGUGCUUGCAAACCUUUUGUGUACGGUUAAAUCACAGCAUAGGAAGAAGUAUACUGUAACAUAAUCAGCAUCUGUCAUAUGUGGUGGAUGAACAGAAUUAAACAGAAUCUACAUGAUGAAUCACUCUAGUAGGACAUCCUUGACUGCAAGUGAAUCUAGUAAAGGAGUUACUGCUUAUUGUCAUGCACUUCCCCCUCUUGACUUCUCAUGUGUUGAAGAAUGUGAAGGAUCAAUGUCAAGUGAGUCUUCAUAUCCUUUCUUAAAGCAAUCAGGAAAACUGAGACCCCCUCCUGGACCAAGUAACAUACUCUCGUCUAGUUUUGACAGCUGUCUUAAAAGUGCACCUUCUCGUUCUUCUAUGUUCUGCACAAAUCUGUAUUUAUCAUCUUCAACGAGUUCAGAAGCCCAAAGGCAGCUUGGGAAUCUUCCAUUUCUUCCAAAUCCCUCUACGCCUCGAUUAACAAAGACCCAAUCGCUUCUACAUGAUGAUUUUGACAGUCUAUGUGAGCAAAAGCACUCAGAAGAUUCAUUUAGAGAUUUUUUUAAUUAUCCUGGAAGCAUGUCUGAUGGUGACUUUGAUGACGUUAAUUGUGGAAGUGACUCUAUGGGAUUUUCGGAGCAGUUGGAGCUACAAUUAUUGUCUGACGAACUACACUUAGCUAUAACUGACAGCGGAGAAAAUCCUGGUAUCGAUGAAAUAUAUGAAGCAUCACCAGUGGCAUCGAAGCCAGGCAUCCCAUCAACAGCAGAGAACAAACCUCAGCCUGUUCCGCCAUCCUUAAAUUCAAUUUCUGGUAACAAGACACCUGAUACUGGUUCUCAUAAGCCAAGGAUGAGGUGGACACCUGAACUCCAUGAACGUUUUGUAGAAGCUGUCAAAAAACUUGAUGGUCCUGACAAGGCAACUCCUAAAGGUGUGUUAAAGCUUAUGAAUGUUGAAGGGAUCACCAUCUAUCAUGUGAAAAGCCACUUGCAGAAAUACCGAUUUGCAAAGUAUACACCAGAGAGAAAGGAAGAGAAGAAGAAUUCUAGUUCAGAAGAGAAAAAGCCACAUUCAAGCACCAAAGAAUCUGAUGCAUUGAAGAAAGGGAGUAUAAAUGAAGCUCUCAGAAUGCAAAUCGAGGUGCAAAAACAGCUGCAUGAACAACUUGAGGUGCAACGAGCACUUCAGGUACGCAUAGAAGAACACGCACGCUACCUGCAGAAGAUCUUAGAAGAACAGCAGAAGGCUCAAAACGCCUUGGUAUCAUCACAGUCCUUGUCAUCAGUUACUAGUGAAGAGCCAGAGGCAGAGCUGUGUCCUGCAUCACCCUCUGAUCUCAGUCCUGGUUCACCACCUAAGCCUGCUGAAUCCAAAACGGAUUCCUCAUCUACAUUGCCAUCAAAGCACACAAAUGAGGACUUUGAACAGAAACCGUGCACGAAGAGGCCUCGCCUCGAUGAUGAAGCUAAGCCUGAUGAGCCUGCUUUGGAGAAUUCUUUAUGACUCAGUGGUAUCUCAGACUUCUAUCUGUCAGUAUUUUUUCUCAUUUCCUGUAUAUAGAUCUGUUUAGGAUGUGGCUAGUUAUUGUAUUUGUAUCUGUUAUUCUUAUGGUAAGGAGGUUGGUCUCAUUUUACACGCAAAGGCGAGUACAAGUUAGGUGAUGGUUCUUAGAAAUGGUUAGUUGCUUAGUAUUCCACUUGGUAGGGUUCUUUGGUUUUUCAUUUCAUUAAUGUAUAUUGCAGCAAGUAGCAAGAAUAAUUCGUGAAGCUUUCUGUUUAUUCAUCAAGUUCAAGCUUUAUGUUUAUUGUUCAUUUCUCCUUAGGUAGUA